AUGGCAGCUCCCACAUCAGGCUCAUCGGCCGCCGCCAAGCCGUUCGACAUUGUCGCGACCUACAAUGACUUGCUCCGCUCCGACCCAGACUUGACUAUGCCAAUUGCAGCUAUCGAAGCUCUGGUACUACUCCUUACAAACUCUCCCUCCUCGACGAUAUCCGAGACGCUCGACCUUCUCGAGAAAUCUACUGCACACCUGAAACAGUCAAUCCCGAACCCCAUUGGUCUCUCCGCUGGAACCGAUCUCUUCCAGCGGUAUCUGAUCACUACCCUGCAGAGACCCGGACAGCUCGGGCCCGCAGGUGAUUUCAACGCGAUCAGGGCGCAUCUUCUGUCAAACGGACGGUUGUUCAUUAGACGUGCGAAGGAGAGUCGAGACAAGAUCGCGGCGUUUGGACGAGGCUUUGUACGCGAUGGAAGCACAGUUUUGACGAACGGAGGAUCGCGAGUUGUCGCUUCGUUGCUACAGAAGGCUGCGGAUGAGAAGGGUGGCCCGUCGGCAGUGCGGUUCAAGGUGAUCUAUGUUCUGUCAUCGGCGAAGGGGACUGGUGCGCAUUCCGAUGAGCCGGAGGGUAUGGAGACUGUGCGCGCUCUCCGGGCGAAGGGUGUUCCUGUCGCUACGAUCCCGGAGUCGGCUGUUGCAUACUCGAUGGGCAAGGCCGAUACUGUCAUUGUCGGUGCCGAGGGUGUGGUUGAAAACGGUGGAAUCGUGUCGCGCAUGGGAACCUACCAGAUCGGUCUUCUUGCUAAGGCUAUGGGCAAACCCUUCUACGUUGUGGCGGAGAGCCACAAGUUCGUCCGUCUCUACCCGCUCAGCCAGUAUGAUUUGCCGAUUGAGCAGCGCGUGAUCGAUUUCAAGACUGAAGAAGAUGUUGCCGACGAGGCGAAGCAACAGCAAGCUUUGUCUACGGAUGCAGCUGUUGCCAAGGCCGUCAAAACGGCAGACAGUGCUGAUGUAGUUGACUUCACUCCCCCCCAUCUGAUCUCUGCCUUGAUUACCGACAGCGGUGUCUUGACGCCAAGUGCAGUCAGUGAGGAGCUGAUCAAGAUUUGGUUCUAA